UUCUGUCCAGCAUGUUUUCUGGGUGGAACUGGGUGGCCCAUAGCUUUUAUCUGCUCUUGAAUAUUUGUUCUUUUAAAGUUUCAGGUGGACUUGUACAGUCAUGUGGUCACAUCAUCCCAGAGUCUCCUGUGUUGGCCCUUGGUUCCAAUUUCACAGCAUUAUGUAUUUUGAAUGAAAGUUGUCUUGACUUUGGUAAUAUCUAUGCUAAUCAAAUUAUCUGGAAAAUUAAAAAUAGAGUGGUACCUAAAGAACAGUAUCAUGAAAUAAACAGAACGGUUUCCAGCGUCACAUUUAAUGACACUUCUUCACUAUCUACUCCUCUGACAUGCAACGUUUUAGCAGAUGGACAGAUUGAGCAGAACAUUUAUGGAAUUACAGUUACAAUAGGCUUGCCCCCAGAGAAGCCCAGGAACUUAAGUUGCAUUGUGCAUCAGCUGUCAAAACUUACAUAUCCUAUGACUUGUACCUGGGACCCUGGAAGGCAUACAUUCCUGGACACUCAGUUUAGGUUGAAAUACAGAUGGCCGCAAGAGAACUUUCCUGACUGCAUACCAAAAGAUGUAAAUAAUUCUUGUACCAUUACUGAUGUUCAGUUCUUUGUUAACCUGGAGGUCUGGGUAGAAGCAGCAAAUGCUCUUGGGAAGGCUGAAUCUGAUCCUCUUGUUCUUGAUCCCAUUGAGAUCGUUAAGCCUCUGUCUCCACACAAUUUAUCAGUCAACUCUGGAAUACUACCUACUGUUCUGAAGCUUUCCUGGGAGAAUCGGAUUUCAGCUGCUGUGAUGAAGCUCAAAUUCAAUAUUCGCUAUAGGAUCAUUAGUGACACAAGCUGGAUGCAGGUUCCUCCUGAAGAUACAGCUUCACCAAGAACUUCAUUCAGUGUUCAAGGGCUCAGACCCUACACAGAGUAUGUCUUUUCAAUUCGCUGCAUGAAGGAAGAUGGAGUGGGCUACUGGAGUGACUGGAGUGAAGAGAAAACUGGGGUCACCACUGAAGAUAAACCAUCUAAAGGACCGCCCAUAUGGAGGAUCAUUGAUGCAUCACACUCACCAGCUUCCUGGACUGUGCAUCUGAUGUGGAAGGCAUUGCAGCCAUUUGAAGCCAAUGGAGUAAUCUUGCGGUAUGAAGUGACUGUCAGAGCUAAGUCAUCUCUCUCCAGUCCACCAGAGAAAUACAAUGUUAAUACCACCAACCUUACAUUAAAGCUACCAAAUGGAACUUAUGAAGUGACUGUGAUUGCCCAUAACAGAGUUGGGGCAUCCCCUCCAUCAGUUUUACUUAUCCCAGCAAGUAAUUCGAAAG